AUGCAGUUCUCCAACCUCCUCACCGUCCUCUCCUCCGUCGCCGCCGCCGCGGCCGUCUCCGUCUCCUUCGACACCGGCUACGACGACGGCUCCCGCUCCCUGACCGCCGUCUCCUGCUCCGACGGCGCCAACGGCCUCAUCACCAAGUACGGCUGGCAAAACCAGGGCCAGGUCGCCAGAUUCCCCUACAUCGGCGGCGCCGACGCCAUCGCCGGCUGGAACUCCCCCAACUGCGGCACCUGCUGGCAGCUCACCUACAACGGCAAGAGCAUCAACGUCCUCGCCGUCGACCACGCCGGCUCCGGCUUCAACCUCGCCCUCGGCGCCAUGAACGACCUCACCAACGGCCAGGCCAACCAGCUCGGCCGCAUCGACGCCCAGGCCACCCAGGUCGCUCUCAGCGCCUGCGGUCUGUAA